AUGGGGUCGACGUCCUCCCAGGAAGGUUCCAGGCCGAGCCUCCGUCCUCCGGGACCAGGGCAGGGGCUGGAGCGGCUCGUCUUCCCUGCUUCCCUGGAGCUCGUUUCCUUUGACUGGGUGUGCAGGUCCCACCUCUCAGGCCAGUCACUGAGGCAAAGAGGCACUGGCUUUCCGGUUGGUCAGGCCUCCUUCCAGCUCGGAUGGAAGGUUUCCACCUGCGGGGAUGCGCCGUGCUCCUCUCAGAACCACGAGCCUCCCCAGGAGCGGAAGCACUGCUCCUGCUGUUCCCCAAGGGGUGAGCUGUCAGCGGGGUCUCUGCUGCUCUCUGUGCGUCCUCAGGGGUAUCUGAAGGGUCCCUGGGUGUGGGUAGCGAUCCCCCUGGGGGAGGAGGGGGGUAGGAGGAGGGGCUCGUGUUCCCGUCCGUUUCGUCCUUUGCGCUCCAAGGGUUUGCUUCGAGCUCCGGGAAACAGGGGGACUCCUUUGGGGCUUCUCCAGACUUUGUAUGCUGUUAUUAAAAGUGAGCUACUGCAUUUCAUUCUGCCUCAGUUUGCCCACCUGUGA